ACAGGCAAUACGUAAGGGUCUUUGUGUAGGAUAGAGUGGGCGUAACGGUACAUGGGACUAAAGCCAACCUGAGGCCCGCUAGCUGUAAACAAAGCCUGGCGAUUUCUACUUGUUGUGGGAUUAUAAUGGCUUUUACAGAACGACCCGAUUUUAAGGUUUCUCAGCAAGAUUUAACUACUAGUAGCAGGGCCAAAGAGCGGAUCUAACUACAUGUAAGGAGUCGGUAUGCUGUAGGUACACAAUGGACCAAGGAAAGAAGAAAAUUACGUGUUGUGGAGAGUGUGUCUCAAAGGAAUGCAUCAAGCCUGUGAAGGUUGAGAAGACGGCAGGUGAGGUGGGGAAGAUUAAGAUUCACAACGACGGCAGCUACGUGCAGGUGGCACAGACAGGAGAAGAAGUGAAGCUGCAGAAGGCUAAGAUCACGCUGAAUGACUGUCUGGCCUGCAGCGGCUGUAUCACGUCUGCCGAGGCCGUCCUCAUCACGCAGCAGAGCCAGGACGAACUCUACAGGGUGUUAGAACAGAACAGGCAAGCACAGACAUCACAGGAGAAGUUAGUGGUGAUUUCCAUCUCCCCUCAGUCCAGAACAUCGCUGGCAGCCAGGUACAACCUGUCCAGUCUGGACACAGCCAGGAAACUCACCGGCUUCUUCAAACAACUGGGUGCACAUUACGUGUUUGACACGACGUUUACGCGUGACUUCAGCCUGCUGGAGAGCCAGCGAGAGUUCGUCCAGAGAUUUCAGAACAAGGACACGUCCGCCCCCCUCCCCAUGUUAGCUUCUGCCUGUCCAGGUUGGAUCUGCUAUGCAGAGAAGACCCAUGGAGAGUAUGUGUUACCUUACAUCAGUACCACCAAGUCUCCUCAGCAGAUCAUGGGCUCUCUAGUCAAGGAUCACUUCUCCAAACAACAAGGGAAACCUCCUGACCAGAUAUACCACGUGACAGUCAUGCCGUGUUUUGAUAAGAAGCUGGAGGCGUCCAGAGAAGAUUUCUACAACGACGUGUACAGAACCAGAGACGUGGACUGUGUCAUAACUUCUGGUGAGGUAGAGGCAAUGUUAGAGAAGGAGGGGAUCUCACUGGUAGAUGUCACCCCUGCAGACCUGGACACCUUGUUCAGUAGUACACCAGGAGCUGAACUUCUCAGUCACAGUGGAGGUGGGUCAGGGGGAUACCUGGAGCACAUCUUCAGAUACGCUGCUAGGGAACUCUUCGGACAAGACGUGCAAUCAGUGAAUUACAGGACACUCAGGAACAAAGACUUUAAGGAGGUGACACUGGAGGUGGAAGGGAAGGUAGUUCUAAAGUUUGCCCUGGCCUACGGCUUCAGGAACAUCCAGAACAUGGUUCAGAAGAUCAAACGAGGGAAGUCACCCUACCAGUUUGUGGAGGUCAUGGCAUGUCCCUCAGGAUGUCUGAAUGGAGGAGGGCAGGUCAGAAUAGGAGACAAGGAGGCAGACAAGGAUCUCCUGACCAGAGCAGAGGAGUUGUACUCCGCCCUGCCUGUUAGAACUCCUGAGGACAACCCUGCGAUAGAGUCCCUGUACACAGAGUGGCUGAGUGGGAGGAGCAGUGAGAAGGCCAGACAGAUGCUGCACACGUCCUACCAUCCUGUAGAAAAGAUGACUAACGCUCUAGCAAUCAAAUGGUGAUCACAGUGAUGUUUUAGUUAGUUGCUUUUAUGCAUACUUAGGCCACCGCAAGUAAAUUUUAUGGAUGACAUCCUCAGCAGACUUCAAAUCGAAUGUGAUAGGGCAAAAAAAAAAAACGAGGUGGGCCCCACAAAACAAGAUUCCUGUCAACUGUUUACUGUCAACUAUUACAACGUCCAUUUGUCACUGAAACAACACUGAAAAAUAAAAGUUGUACAUCAUUAAAAUCAUUGUACA